AUGGCGGGGAAAAUGACUCUGUAUAAGCUCGUUGUCUUGGGCGAUGGAGGAGUGGGCAAGACAGCUCUUACAAUCCAGCUCUGUCUGAACCACUUCGUCGAGACGUACGAUCCGACCAUCGAAGACUCAUACCGCAAACAAGUCGUCAUCGACCAGCAGUCGUGCAUGCUCGAGGUCCUCGACACCGCCGGACAGGAAGAAUACACCGCCCUGCGCGACCAGUGGAUAAGGGACGGCGAAGGGUUCGUUCUGGUAUACAGCAUCACCUCGCGCUCUUCCUUCACCAGGAUACAGAAGUUCCACCAUCAGAUCCAGCUCGUCAAGGAAUCUGCAAGCUCCGGCUCUCCCACUGGGGCCAGCUACCUCUCGUCCCCUCUCAAUUCCGCCAUCUCGACCACCCCCGCCGGCCCCGUUCCCGUCAUGCUCGUCGGCAACAAGUCGGACAAGGCCGUCGAGCGCGCCGUGUCCUCGCAGGAAGGCAUGGCUCUGGCCAAGGACCUGGGCUGCGAGUUCGUCGAGGCCUCUGCUAAGAACUGUAUCAACGUCGAAAAGGCGUUCUUCGACGUCGUCAGGCUCCUCAGGCAGCAGAGGCAGCAGCAGCAGCAGCAGCAGCAGCUCAACCGGCCGUCAGACCGGAGGACAACCGGGUUCGGCGGCCAGGGCGGCUCCAACAGGGACCUCAACGGAUCAGAGUAUCAAAAGGCCCUGCGUCCCGAUCGAUCAAAAGCACACAGAGGCGUCAAAUGCUUGAUUCUCUAG